GUUUGGGAUGAGACUUCCCGGCGCUUCGUGAAGGAUUUAUCCCACUCUCCCUUGCGCCAAGCAGGCCAACCAGGCCAAGGAGCCCUGCCUUCGCUACCGGAUCUUCCCAACAUGCCUGCUCCAGCACUGGAAGUGGAGCCGACGCCUGAGGAGGAUGAGGAAGAAGAGGAGGAACAGGAGGAGAAAUUGAAAGUUGACCACCGGCACAGUUCUGAGCAGACUGAAACCGAGGACAGGCUCCAGGCUUUCCAAGGGAAAGCCAGCCUCACGUCUCCGAACCGGUCGUCUGUAACUGGCUUUGACAAGGUGUUCUCAUUUCAGCGGAAAGCCUCCAUGGAAUUUAAGCGAGAUUUCCGACUUCAACGCAUCGCCUUUGCCGUCGUGUCGAACAUGUUCUUCGAGUCCGCAUCAAUGUUCAUGCUGUGUGCGAAUUCAGUUGCAAUUGGAAUACAGACAAACUACCUGGCUUCUAACAUGGUUAGUGCUGUGCCUUCGUAUCUCCGAGCUCUGGACAUUAUUUUUUGUGUCUUCUUUGCCAUCGAACUGGUGGUGCGUCUCAUGGCCUUCGGGAAGCGCUUCUUCGUGAUGACUGGCUGCGGCUGGAACGUUCUGGACCUUAUCUUGGUGAGCGCUCAGGUCGCUGAGGAGAUCCUUCUAGGAAUUGCGGAGAUGAACGCCGAGGGAGGCACUGUUCCAUACAACACGGAAAUGAUGCGUGUCGUCCGCAUACUGCGCGCCAUCAAGGUGGUGCGGCUUGUGGGCGCAGUGCGAUUUGCCCAGGACCUGCAGCUUUUGAUCAACUGCCUCUUCCUGUCCUUGAAGCAGUUCCUGUGGUCGGCUUUGCUGCUGCUUUUGGCCAUCUACGUGGUGGCAAUCUAUAUAACUCAGGCUGCCACAGCAUAUCGGCUAGAGAACCCGGCGGGGCAAAACCCUGGUGAAUCAGUCGAGUCCGCCAUGACGAAGUGGUGGGGCUCCAUGCCCCAGAGCGUCCUGUCACUCUUCCAGGGUGUCACCGGUGGGGUGGACUGGCAUGAGAUUGCGGACCCUCUGAUAACUGGCAUCAGCCCCUGGUUUGGCCUACUUUUCAUCGUUUUCAUGGCCUUUUGCAUCCUUGCGCUGCUGAAUGUGAUCACCGGCACCUUCGUGGAGACCAUGAGCCAGCAGGCUAAAGAUCUGAAAUUGAGGAAUCGCGUCCUUCAAGCGCGAAGGCUCUUCUGCGAGAUCGACUUGGACGGCUCAGGAUUCAUCAGCCCGGAUGAGAUUGUCGACCACACCUCGAAUCCUGCAGUGCAGGAGUUUUUCGAGUCUAUCGACGUCCACCCUUCAGAGGCCCAGCGACUUCUGGAAGUCAUCGACAUCGACGGGAAUGGCAAGAUCAACUUCGAAGAGUUCUUAGAGGCCUCCAUGCGCCUCAACGGAGCCGCGCGGUCUUCGGACUUAAUCCUGCUGGCACGGGAGAUGAAGCGCUUCCAUGCAUCCCAGCUGAAAUAUUUGAACGACUUGAAGAGCCUGAUCUCUUCAGCGCAGCCGUCCCUUAUGUGA